AAGCCAUCCAAAAGCUAUUAUGUGUUUGAGGACCCGGAUUCUUAGGGCAGUGAACAUCCUCCAGCUGGACCGAUGCGGUGUUUGGCAUGUGCCCACGCCGCCUAACCGUGGAGCCGCAUGCUGGGCACCUUUCAGAGUUCGCUUCGCCCAUCGCCAGCAUGAGCCAGCAUGCGGUCCACGAUUGCUUGGCCGCAUUCGCAUGUGGAUUCUGCAGCCGAUCUCGGGUCGGACGUGCGGUAGUUGUUUUCGCAAUCCACAGAAGCCAUGACUUCGAUGCGCAUGUUGCUGGCUGCCCUGGUCGUCCUUCUGCACUCGACUCAGGCCUUUCGAGAGCUGCAUUCAACAGCAGUUCAGCGGUUUGAAGAAGGGCCUGAUGAAACGAAAGAGCCUGAUCAAGGAGAGGAAGAACCCAAUCAAGAAGCGCAAGUGAAAGAACUAGCACCUAGUGAAGAGGAGGACGACGAAGAAGAAGCUGAUCAACAAGAGGGGCAAGUGGGAGAAGAUGCUGGUCCUGGUGAACAACAAGAUGCUGAACCAGUCGAAGAACAGGAUGUGGAGGACUUGCCCGCUCCAGUGGCAGCACAGAAGGUUCGAGCAAAAGACAUGGCAGAAGGCGACGAAGGCGAUCCAGAGGAGCUUUUGAACUUGGAGGAGUUCCUGCCCUUGUGUGACAAGGAGAUCGUGGAAGACACCUGCCGGCUGUUGAAUGAAGGUGAGAAGCACGAGGAGGUGGAAAAAUACACCACUUGGCAGGAGAUCGAGCAGCACUUAUCCGCGGACGAGAAGAGCCUGGACCGAUUCAGGCAAAUCACUGGUAUUGCGGUGAGGGACGGCAAAGUCUGGGUCGAGUGCGAGGUGCUUUGCAAGAAGUUGGUCAGCCUGGUGACGAAGUCCACUGGCGCCAUCCUGCCGCACAAGAGCGAUCUGGCCUGCUAUCACUUGGGUUUCUCGGUGCGGGCGAGAGAUGGAUGGAGGUCGGUGGCUGGUGUGAGGAUGGAGGACGGAUGCUGACCCUAGUGGCUGGUGUGAGGAUGAGGAUGGACGAGGACGGAGGUGGAAUUUGAGGAAGGUGGAAUGCGUUUGUUAGUGAUUGUUUUAGCGUUUUAUGAUUAACUUGUUUUUGGAGGUCAUGUCAACUGAUGAAAUUGUUUCUUGGCAGAUUGGUGCCCUGAUCAAAAGGUCUCUCCUGAACUCUUUGCACGUGACUUCCGGUCCUUUUGGUUACAGUGGUUUCAGAGUAGCCAGUGCCAUCGAACCUUUUAAACCGCAAAGGUAGCAAGCCGCGGUGACAUCAGGGGCGUGCUGGGAACGGCAAGAGUGGAACCUUCUAAUGUAUCGGCCUGUUUGUGUGGGCUGGUGAAUUCAUCAGGCGUUGAAGAGACGGCACCUAAACAACUCCCACACACGACCUGGGACUGGGACUGGCACAUUCACAUUUAGCCCUGAAAUCAAG